AGUAUAUUAUAUACAUAUAUAACUGGUGUAUACAGUAAACAAUAUACAGUAUAGUAUAUACUUAUGAACCAUUAUGAACUGUCAUAGCGAUGAUGCAGUCGGAUGAAAUUGACGAACAAGUUAUAACUUCAAGUUCCUGGAACGGAAAUUGAUAAAAGAGCGAAGUAAGAUUUUUGCAUUUGCAGAUCUUAUUUAGGAUUGCUUUUUAUCAGACCAAUGUAUUGUAAUAAGAUGAUCAAGUAUUCAAAAGCUAUCGAAAAAUUUUAAAGACGUAAUCGUAGCAAAAGCAAAAUUAUUUACAUCCAGAGAGGAAAGAGUUUUUUGCUGGCCUUAUGUCAAAAUGGGAAAAGCAAUCAAUGCAAAUUCAAUGGAGAUGCGAAAUGCUUUGGGAUUGAUUAUUGUAUUGCUGCUUUUCAAUAUUGCAGCUUCGAUCUCGUCAUCAUCAGAAUUCUCUCCAAUCGUCAUCAAGGCUGAUUAUAACAAGCCCUAUACGAAUAUCACAAAUUCUACUGUUGAAUAUGUGUUUUUGUAUUCUGCCGCUGAUAUAUCUCUGGAAACUGCAAGGAUAGAAAUAGAAAGUAAUGCAACGCACAGAUUUCCAUUGAUAGUAAUAGUGCGUCAAACAACAGGUAUUCUAUCUUGGCAGAUACCUUUACUAGUCGAUGGCACAGAUUCUGUAAUAUAUAAUAAAACUAGUCGAAUUCUGUGCUCAACAAAAUAUUAUCGAUAUGCGCCAAAGGAUAAAGAGGAAUAUGUCAUUGUCGGUAUUUCUACAGCUAGCCUUGAGAAUAUCUUCUUUAAUCUCAAUGUAGUGAAAAUGGAAGACUUUUAUUUAAGCUCGGGAAAUAAGACAAUAAUAGAGAUCUCUCCAUCCGAGCCUAUAUAUUAUGGUUACAUUUUCUCGAAACAAGCGGAUAAUUCCUCCGUUAUUGUUCGCGUCGAAUCGGAUAAUGAUAUCUGUAUGACUGUGUCUAUACAAAAUACAUCAUGUCCUGUGUUUGAUUUAGAACGAAAUAUCGAGCUUUCUGGACAUUGGCAGACUGUAAGCAGAAGAGGAGGCAUUACGGUACCAAGAGAGGCUUAUCCUUCAGGAUUCUUCGUCGUGCUCGUCGUUAAAGGAGAAGACACGGAUUGCAAUGGGGCAUCCGGUAAUAAUCCUCUUCGUAGAAAGAACGUUACGUUAAUUAUUAAUCCUACCAUCACCGAACGAGAUUAUAUCAUUGCAACGGGAUUAGCAGGGGCAAUUGCAUUGUGUUUUUGUAUCUUUUACAUAACGGCUGUGGUAAUAUUCAAUAUCAGAAAGAGCAGAAAGUUUAUACAAGAACCGAUAAAUGAGCAAAAUCAGGACAUCAACGAGUACGCGCCGAGUCCCUCGAUGACUGCAGAGGUCAGGUCGAAGCAAUGGGAUUCUGUGGAGGAAGAUUCGUCCCUAGACGAAGACGACAUAGAUCUAAUGGAGGAUGCUCUCACCGAUAAAGAUGUAAUACGAACAAAGAUCGUUCUCUCAGUCUGCGAUCUCGCCCGCAAGGAACCACGGAUAUUGCGACAUAAAUCUCGUUUAUAUCUAUAUUAUUUGGCAACCGUCGCAGUAUUUUACACGCUGCCGGUUGUUCAGUUGGCGAUAACGUACCAGCGUGUGCUUCAUACCACCGGGAAUCAAGAUAUGUGUUACUACAACUUUUUGUGCGCUCAUCCUCUAGGCCUGCUGUCUGAUUUCAAUCAUGUAUUCUCAAAUUUUGGAUAUUUUCUACUGGGCUUACUAUUUAUAUUUCUAACUUAUUCUCGAGAGCGCAACGAGUCGGAAACAGAAAUGAGUAAAUGUUACGGCAUACCACAGCAUUAUGGUUUGUUUUACGCGAUGGGCACAGCAUUGAUAAUGGAAGGCAUACUGUCGGCAAGUUAUCACGUGUGUCCUAGUCGUAGUAAUUUUCAAUUUGACACCAGCUUUAUGUACAUAAUCGCGGUGCUCUGUAUGCUCAAGAUCUAUCAGAAUCGUCAUCCUGAUAUAAAUGCCAGGGCACCGGUGACAUUUGGAAUUUUAGCUCUUAUUAUAUUUGUAGGAUUAAUCGGAGUUUUGAAUGGUUCCACUUAUUUUUGGGUAAUAUUCAGCAUCCUGCAUUUACUCAUAUGUUUUAUUCUGACUGUACAGAUAUAUUACAUGGGACGAUGCAAAUUCAACAGAGGUGUUUUUAAUAGAGUAAUACAGACAUUCAAACACGACGCGCGUUGCGGUAUAUGGCAUCUACUCCGACCGCUCUAUCCCGCCAGAUUCAUAAUGCUCGUGUUAGCAAAUUUAUGCAACGUGGGACUCGCGGUAUUCGGAAAUAUGUAUCACGAAGGCAAUUUCGCUACGUUUUUGCUAGCUAUACUAAUGUCUAAUUUAAUUUUAUACACCUUCUUUUACAUAAUGAUGAAGCUUUGCCAUAGAGAACGGAUUCUUCUCAUGCCCGGGGUAUAUAUCUUCUUGUCCAUGCUAUUUUGGGGAGCAGCUCUGUACUUCUUUGUGAAUAAGACUAUAUCCUGGGCUCUUACACCAGCCCAAUCCCGUCUGUAUAAUAAACCGUGCGAAUUAUUGAAUUUUUUUGAUUCUCAUGAUAUCUGGCAUUUUCUUUCGGCAUUAGCAAUGUUCUUUUCGUUUAUGGUAUUACUUACUUUAGACGACGAUCUAAUAGAUGUACAUCGUAGCCAAAUACCAGUUUUUUGAGAAUUUUUCUUUUAUAUAGAUUUAAAUUAUAUAUAAUUUUAUAACUUCUUUUUACAAAGCUGAUUAAAUAUAUACAAUAUUUACUUGGAUAAUGUUACCAUAAUUAUAAAGCAUAUAAAAAAACUCUCUCUUUUGUGAUAGAAACACGCCAUGGUUGUUAUUGUCUGUACGAAAGAAUAGCGCACGGUGUCGGAAGUAGAAUGAGUAAACAUAUAUAAAUACGAAAUUCUAUAUAAGUUUUCCGUUAUAAUUAAAAUAUAUAACAAAUUUCUAAAUCGAAAUCUUUCGGCGCCUUUUCAUAGGAGAUAUGAUAGAGUUUUAAAAAAUCUAUAAAUACACAUCUUUCGCGUAUGUGAAAAAGAAAACGCGAAUUGUGCUCUUGUUGCUUACAUCGUAAAACAAUGUUACGCGAACAUAUUGUUUCUAAAAUAUUACAACCGCGUUUCCUGAUGAAAAAUGCGUGUAUAUGUGUGUGUAAAUGUGUGCAUGUGCGCGCGCGUCAGUGUAAUUAUACAUAGAAUACCGUAUUUUAAUAACGCAUGUUCUUCCAGAUAUAUAUGUAAAACAUUAAAUUAAAGAAAGUAAUGUCUUAUCAUCAAAACGUUGUAAUCAUGGAAUUGAAAAUUAAAAAAUAAUGUUAUGAUACCGUGCUAUAAUCGUUAUAAAAAAAAAUAAAUAAUAUAAGAUAUUAAUUGUGUAGUUUAUAAUAACUUAUUAUACAAAUCUGUAUAUAUUUUCAGACUGCGACGAAAGUAACAUAACUGAAAAAACAUGCAAUAUUUUGGGAAUCUCGAAUCUUUCGUCACAUUACAAUGUAAGUAUAAUCCAUAAAUUCGCCACGGUAAUAGAAUGGCAGUGAUAGUUUUUUUUUUUUUUUUUAUCGAAAUUUGGAAA